GAUCUAGGCCGGAUCUGCUUGUGACAUCGGUUCGGGGGUAGAUUGUGGGGCGCUGGAGUGGAGCCGCCGCCGCCCGGUGAUCACAGCGCCCGUCCGCCCCCGCCAUGUCAGACUUCGACAGUAACCCCUUCGCGGACCCGGACCUCAACAACCCCUUCAAGGAUCCUUCGGUUACACAAGUGACAAGAAAUGUUCCACCGGGAUUAGAUGAGUACAAUCCUUUCUCAGAUUCCAGAACACCUCCACCAGGAAAUGUGAAAAUACCUAAUACACCUGCACCCAGUACACAACCAGCUAUAAUGAAACCAACAGAGGAACCUCCUGCUUACACACAAAUAGCAAAGGAGCAUGCAUUGGCCCAGGCUGAGCUGCUUAAGCGCCAAGAAGAAUUAGAAAGAAAAGCAGCAGAACUAGAUCGGAGAGAAAGGGAAAUGCAGAAUCUCAAUCGACAGGGUGGCAGGAAAAAUAAUUGGCCUCCUCUGCCUGGGAAUUUUCCAGUGGGUCCUUGUUUCUACCAGGAUUUUUCUGUGGACAUUCCUGUAGAAUUCCAGAAGACAGUAAAGAUUAUGUACUACCUAUGGAUGUUCCAUGCAGUGACACUGUUUCUAAAUAUCUUUGGAUGUUUGGCCUGGUUUUGUGUUGAACCUGCACGAGGGGUUGAUUUUGGAUUGAGUAUCCUCUGGUUCUUGCUUUUUACUCCUUGUUCAUUUGUCUGCUGGUACAGACCACUUUAUGGAGCCUUCAGGAGUGACAGUUCUUUCAGAUUCUUUGUGUUCUUCUUUGUAUAUAUCUGUCAAUUUGCUGUACAUGUACUCCAGGCUGCGGGAUUUCAAGGAUGGGGUAACUGUGGAUGGAUUUCAUCUCUGACUGGGCUUAACGAGAGUAUUCCUGUUGGCAUUAUGAUGAUAAUCAUAACAGCACUUUUCACAGCAUCUGCUGUCAUCUCACUAGUUAUGUUUAAAAAGGUGCACGGCCUAUACCGCACAACCGGUGCUAGUUUUGAGAAAGCCCAGCAAGAGUUUGCAACUGGUGUGAUGGCCAACAAAACUGUACAAACAGCUGCAGCAAAUGCAGCAUCUACAGCAGCAACUAGUGCAGCUCAAAAUGCUUUCAAGGGUAACCAAAUUUAGUGAAAUACGAAAAUCACUACAGUUCUUUGACUGUACUUUAUUUUCCAUCUUAUUAAUUCUAUUCCUAAAGACUUGCAUUCAAAAUACACACAGCAUGUAUGUCUCUCCUUCAGCUGUGCAUGGGCUAAAACAGGAAAAAAAUUCUUGUUUUAUUCCUUUAUACAUUUAUUUAUCAAAACAAAAAAACCCACAGCCAACCUUCUUUGCCCUCUUUAAAACAUUAUAUACAUUCUAGAUAUAUAAUUCUCCAUAUUUUCUGGAGGAGCAAUAUUUUGGUGGAAACUUCAGCAAUGGCUCUGAAAUUGAUAUGGUACUUUCUGUGAUCAGUUAAAUGUAUUUAGAGGGGUUUUUUUAGUAUUUCACUCUGGAAUCUUUUGUUUUAACUUAAGGAAAGCACUUUGGAGCAGUUAUUUUUGUUCCUGAGAGCCUGUUUCCCUAUUUCUACUGUAAGAAGUAGACUGACAGUUUGAGACUCUAGAUUUGGCUGCUGCUGUGGCAGUUUCAGCAGCUGAUGGACAGAUAUAAGUAUGGUAGAUCAUGUAAAUUUUUUUGGGGGGGGCAGUAGGUUUUUUAAUAUAAAUCUACAAGUUUGCAUGAAUAUUGUUGAGAUAUUUGGCCAUGCUGAAUUAGUGUUUUGGUCCAGGAUUUAUCUGUACCACUUAUGAUUAUAGUGUUGGUUUGUAUCCAUUUUCAUGGCAUACUUUUUUCUAAAUCAGAAAUGGCUAUUGCAUAGACAUUCUUGCUGCCAGAAUGUGUAAUGCGAUGUACAGUUAAGAGAAGUUAACUGAUGGUUUUGAUCAAAGAGCUAAAUGAUUAUAUUUGCUAUUUUUAAUUUCAGUUUUCAUGUCUUAGGAAAACACAUUCUGUUAUAGGAAAAAUUACCAACCUUUAGAACACUUCCAUAACCAGUUGUUUGCCCCCUUUUAAAUGCAGUGAAAUUUUUGUGGUGUGUGUGUGGGAGGGGGUGUUUUUUUCAGUGUCAAUUUGUGUUUACCAGUGGUACUAAAUCUAUAGCUUGGUCAGUCACUCUAUUUACUGCUUGUCCAAAAAUCUGAAUAUACAGUAUUUAAUUUUUUUACAGGAAUAUUUUCUGUAAUCAAACUUUUUAAACUGUGGCAUUUAACACAUACUUGAAUUCCUUUUAACGCACCUCAGCCUUCAUGUGUGAUUUGAUUCAAGCUGAAUAAUGAAGAUUCUUAACUAUUUUGAGUUGGAAAAGUGAAAUAUUUUUUAUCUCCAUUAAGAGAGAAUAAAAUUAAAUACAUUCACAUUGUUGAAAUGGAUAUCUGUCUAAUAGAUUAAACUGAUGCUGUGAUGCACCGUG